UGCCGAUAACAAUGAUGGUUGUUUUUUAACUUAGAUGGAUUCUGUUAAGUUUAAGUUUGUACAGGAAGUGACACAAUAUGGCGACAAACUACUUAAAAGAUUGGAUGAAUUUCGACGAAAGAAUCUAUAUUAUGACGUCAGAAUAAAGACAAUUGAUGACGAGUUUGUCGCGCAUAAAGUUGUCCUCGCGGCGUGCGGGGGUGUUUUCAGACGUAACUUCGUAGAUCCGAACACAAUGAUGAUCAUUGGUGACGUCACAGAGGUAACAUUCGACUGUUGUUCCAUUGGAUUGUCACCGAUUCUAAACUUCGCGUAUUCUGGAAUCCUCGAAAUAACUGCCGAGAAUUUGAUUCCAGUUUUUGUGGCUUCUGGUUCAACAGAGAUGAAGGAGGUGCAAGAUAUAUGUGCGGGCCUCACCAUGGAACGACUUGGUUGGAUCAUCGACUUUGAUGGUAAACAAUCGCUCUGUGAUGUCACUAUUGAAGAAUCUUUGGCAAAGUUAGAAAAAACUCUUCGAAUUAAUUUAAAAAGUUUUGGGGAAUCCCCUGUGGGUGUAGAGGGGGAAUUCCCAUGUUUAUCUCAUGUUGAAGAGACAUGGCCGGAGUUGGGCGUGGUUUAUAAACUACUGGUGGAUUGUGUGAAGAAAGCUAAAGUGAUCGACGAUGGGAAUAAAGUGAACAAUAAACCUGAUGAGGUUGUAACGGUGGAUACAACACCAACCAAGAAAGAAUUCGCAACACAAGACACGAAACAAGAACCAGAGAAAACAGAAGUAAAAGAACCAAAGUUGCCGGCAACACAAGAAUCAACAAGCACUGAAAAUUCAAAAUCAACAACUGAAAUAACAAAAGAUGAAACAAUAAAAGAAUCAACAAAAGAAGCAACUAAAGAAUUAGAAGAUCCCAAAACCCCAGCAAAGGAAGAUCCCAAAACCCCAGCAAAGGAAGAUCCCAAAACCCCAGCAAACGAAGAUCCCAAAACCCCAGCAAACGAAGAUCCCAAACUACCCGCGAAACCACCGAAUAUAAACGGGAACCAGCCCGAUGGCCGCCCAAAGUUGAAACCCCGAACAAUAUCAAUUGUUGACCCCGAGGAACCUAAGACCCAACAAAGUCCCAAAGUAACGAAACGUAAACCUACCGCCCCCAAACCACCAAUUGAAGCUUCACCCGUUUCCAAUCGUACCAAACGUGGGUCGCAACACAAACCCACCCAAGCCCUCCCAUCACCCCCCACACGGCCCCCUAAACCUUCACCCAAAGUCCCCCCACCUCGUCCAAAACCCCCAUCAAUCAAAAAGAACAAACCAAAACCAACGAUCUACGACGACAAGUUGAAUCCGUUCUCUUUGGAUGAGACAGAUUCGAAUGAAAACGAUAAAGACAAAAAGACGAGUUCAACCGAAAACAACCCGUUCGAAUGAAAUUGUUGUUGUUUAUUUCGUAUUUAUGUCUAUAAAUGUUUGUGCAGAUAUUUAUUUCAAUCGUUUCAAUAAACUUUGUGUUACUAAUAAUAUAAA